AUGUUCUUUAAACACAAUCUACUCGUUUCGACUACGCUCACGCUGAUCGGUAUCUCUGCCGUCGUAGCGUCUCCUUUGCCUGAAGCAUAUUCUUACGGAGCAGAGGACUACGGCGAGGACUUAGCGCCGUUGCCAGAUUAUGCGCCAGAAUACGUGCCGGAGUACGCGCCAGACUAUGUGCCGGAGUAUGUACCAGAGUAUGUGCCCGAUUACCCCCCAGAGGACAUCAUUGCUCCCGUACCAGCGGUCGAGGACUAUGGCAAGGCGCCUUACUACUACGAGGAGGAAGAGUACGCUCCUGUGCCAGAGUAUGUUCCUGAAGUAGUUGCCCCCGCCCCUGUCGCCCCUCCUCCCAUGGAAUAUCCCGAGAAGGUGGCUCCAGCCCCAGUAGCUCCCUAUGUUCCCCCUCCCCCCGUCGAGGAGUACCCUGAAGUGGUUGCUCCCGCUCCUAUCGCCCCUUCGUACGGUUCCUACGGCGAAGGCGAGGACAUCGUUGCUCCUUUGCCCGUUGCACCACCUCACGGAGAAACGCCUUACUACGACGAGUAUCCCGAAGACAUCGUAGCCCCGCUCCCCGCAUACGGCGACACCUACGUCAAGAACGACAUUGAUAUCUACGCCAACAAGUGCAGCUCAGGACCAGUGCAAUGCUGCAACUCUGUCCAAGAGAGCUCAGCACCAAGCGUCGUCGACGUACUUGGUUUGCUGGGCGUCGUCCUUGAUGGGUUGGUCGGCAAUGUUGGCCUCACCUGCAACUCGUUGCUUGGCGGGGGCUCGUGCACGGCGCAAACUGUUUGCUGCGACAACGUCCAUUUCACUGGUCUUGUUGCCAUGGGCUGCCAGCCGAUCAACAUAGGACUUUAA